AAGUUCAGAAUCCAAGUUGGUUUCCCCUAGGGUCGCUUAAUAUAUAAACCAUUUUGAGACACAGGGAAAGAGAUCCAACAGAAAAAAGGAGUUGAAGCUUGUCAGGAAACCCAAAAUUCCGUUGCGAUCUCUUUUUCUCUUGGGAUUUUUGCUUCGCUCUGAAAAGUAAAGAUGCCUCAAGGAACCUUAGACGUUCAACUUAUGAAGGCCAAGGGUCUAAAAAACACAGAGUUCUUUGGUAAGAUGGAUCCUUACGUCAUCCUCAAGUGCAAAAACCAGGAAAAAAGGAGCAAAGUGGCAGCAUCACAAGGGUCUAACCCAGAAUGGAAUGAGAAGUUUGUUUUCCGAGUAACUGAGGGUGUUACUGAACUCAAAAUGACGAUCAUGGACAAGGACACUGCUACCAGGGAUGAUUUUGUAGGAGAGUUAAGCAUUCCACUAAAAACACUAUUCCAAGAAGGGAAACUCCCACCAAUGAAAUACAAUGUACUAAGGAACAAAAAAUACUACGGAGAGAUUAAAGUUGGCCUUAGCUUCACUCCUUCAACGAACACUACAGACAUCCCGGACGGCGUGACAAUUAAGGCGAAGGCUCAGGUGAUCGGAGUCGAAGAUAUGUUUAGCAAGCUCGCCUGAAACUUCAAGCACCAUCAAGGUCGACUUCGAACUCUUCAUCGACGGGUCUAGAGACAAGAAGAGGCUCGACAUCAUAGGCCUGAUUUAGCACCGGCAACAGCAGCUCUGCCAUCGAGGCCUGAUCGAGUUUUGAGG